CGAGAUCACAACGUUGACCGUGUGCGGGGCUUACUAUAUUAUUAUUUAUAUACAAUCGAGACUCGCGACGCCGUCUUUUUUUCAUUAAUAUGUAUUUCAGUGCCGUCUCUUAAAAUAUCGCUAUUGGGGAAAAAGAGAGCGCGAUAAAUACAGUGAGCAGAAGUGCCUGAGAGCAUUGCAUUUUAAUUGUCAAUGUAAUUGAGAAAAAAAAUAUAAAAAACAACCAACGAAAUUGAAAAGAAGAGGAAGUGAGAAGAGACAAACGGUGGGAGAGAGAAAAGACAAAAAAUAGUUAUGACGUCGACGUCGAAGAUGCACAUCCUGUGCCUAACUGUGAUCCUGUGGCUCCUACGGUCCCAUCCAAUAGCCGCAUUUGUGAACCGCUACAAUCGCCUUCCCGGCUAUGCACAGAUCUCCUCCGGCGGCCAGGACUUCCUGUCCGGGCAUCAUCCCCAUUCCAGUGCCGGAGCCGCCGCCGUCCCCGCUGUCCAGCAGCAGCAGCAGCCCUCCAACCAGGAGAACCUCUGCAGUCACUGCGCCUGCACCCACCUCAAGGCCAUCUGUGACUUCCAGCUAAACAAAACGCUGUCAGCAGAUUGGGACUCAAAAUACCGAGUGCCCGUCAAGAUCAAAUCCAUUGAGGUGUAUCUAAGGCCCAGCAUCGAGUUCCGUUUAUUUGAGAACUUCUUCCAGGACAAUCAGGUCAAUUACUUUGGUGUCAAUGGGGUGAAGGACAACGAUAGGGUGGAGGUAACCCGUAAUGCCUUUAGCCGCAACAAAGGAGGCUAUCCCAACAUUGAGUUUCGCAAAGUGUCGCAGGUGUAUCUGCAGGACAGGACAUUGUCGGCUGUCGAGUUCAAGCUACUGGUGGAGGAUACCGAACUUCUGGUAGUUUUCCCCAAUGCCUUUACUAUGGCCAAUCUGGACUGUACCUUCCGGCGGAUCAAGGAUCUUCAAUUGAAUGAGAAAGCCUUCAGUCAUGGUGGAGCCCAGAAUGGCAUAAAUCUACGCGUUGAGGACUCUACCAUCGAUGAGAUUGGACGUUUCGAUCUGUCCAUGAGCAAGGUGAGCUUUGUGCGCUGCAACAUCGGCACCAUUGGCCGCAAUGCCUUCGACGUGACCAAAAUCAAGGAGCUAUCCUUUGAGCAGUGCAACAUAACGACCAUCAAGGCCCAGGCAUUGACCGAUAAGCUACACAGCGAGAAUGUGUCCUUUGUGAGCACAGUGAUUGGAACCAUUGAGGGCGAGGCUAUCAAUCAGAGUGGCAUUACCACACUCACACUCCGGGGCAAUACAAUUGAUAAAAUACAAUCCGGAGCGAUUCGUAUCACCGCGGUGGACACAUUCAUACACAACAAUACGGUGCGUCACAUGGAACCCAACUGGCUGAACGUUGUCCAGGCAUCGCAGGUGGAGAUCGAGAACAAUCGCUUUGGGCACUUCUCUCGCUUCGAGGUGAACAGCGCCCCGAUAGGAGCCUUGAACUGCUCCUUUGCCAACAAUCAGUUGGAUGAUCCGCAGCAGGGCAGCCUGAACUUUAGUAGAUGCGGGGUCCACAGGAUUAGCGUGGGACGCAUUUGCUCCUGCGAUGGCAGUGCCUGGUUGAAGACACUCACCGAUCACGAUCUGGAUUCGGAGAUUCUUUGUCCACUUAAGUCGGAGGAUCAUAGCUGCUUCAAUGCCACCACUGUGGAUCGUCGACGAUUUGAGCACGAGGCAUGUGGCGGCAAUGGUACGAGACACUGUUCCGAGGGCCUGUGGAUGACACAAUCGGGGAGUGACCAGUUGAGCGGCACUGCCAGCCCCUUGAGCAUCACAUGGGUAUCCUGCAUUGUGGUCGUGGCUACCUGCAUCGUAUCCUUUGUCAUCUACGUUGGAUUUGUAUGUGUCCCCCGGCUGCGUCCCAGUGGCGGUGGACAGGCGAGGCAGAGGAAGUGCGCCUUUUCGGAGGAAGCCAAGCGACAGCUGCUCCUGGCGGCGGAGAAGCACAGCGAGAACGAUCAGACGCGCAAGGCCAUCAAUAAGCUAAUCAAGAAUGGUCCAUUUACCGAGGAUGAGUGCCUGACCCGCAUUUGCGAGAUUGUGCAGCACAUUCCACACAAAUCGUCGUCCAUCAAGGAUCUGCUGUCGAAUCACCUAACCGAAUGCCAUGAGAGCGGCUCACCAAUGUCAGCCAGCGGUGGUGAUUACGGCAUGUCAACGAUCGGUGCCGGUGGAUCGAUGGAUCAUCCUCCUCAUCACCAUAAUCAUAUUGCGGCGCCCAGUGCGCCCAGUGCUUAUGAGUGCGGUGACUAUGACAACGAUGAGCCCAUCUACCAGGAGCCGGAUCAGCAGCAGCGUCCGCUUAUACCCAGCGAGUACUCGGAGCUGCCGCCACAGGCCGAGGAUCCGUACUCUGAGCCCUUCAAUGCCACCAAUGCGAAUGACAUGCCACCGGCCUAUCAGUAUGCCACGCCCAUGCGACACCCAAGGCCACAGCCACCGUCGACAACGACAACCGUCUGCUAUGCCAGUCCAGUUUGGCGCUCCACGCCCAGUGCCAUUCCCACCAGUAGACCGCCCUCAGGAGCUGGAGCAGGAGCAGGAGCAGGAGCAGGAGUGGGAGCUACAGCGCCACGACAUGUACGUGACCUGAGGCAGGAUCUGGAGGCAAUGCCGCAGUUUCAUCCCAAUCAGCUGACCUCGGCACGAAACCAAAGACAGCUGCAGCAGAAUUAUCCCCAGACACAGUCACAGUCACAGCCUCAGGCACAAUCCCAAUCCCAAUCCCAGUCAGAGGCACUUGCUCAUCCCCAUCCGCCGCCCUACAGUCAACCGGGUAUUCGGCGUCACCGGAGCCGGCAGAGCUUUGAGUGCCUUGAUGGCGCUGCCAGUCUGGCGGCCAUGGAGCAUAUGGAUUCGGGAUCGGAUCACUCUGGUGGCAGUGAUGUAACAGUCCAAAUCACCGAUGUGAUCGAUUAUGCGGACGCCUGAAAGUAUGCAGCGCAUACAUACAAGUGAUAUAUAUACAUCAAUAUAUAUAUAUCCCAUAUAUCCGCCACUUGUCACAGCUGCCACAAUACGAGGGGAAAAGUGAAGUGAAUGAAAGAAAUGAUUAAGAUAAGCAUUAAACUGAAAACCUGCCAGCCAGCAGUGCACAAAAGAAGAAAAGAAAUGUGGAAAAUGGAAGAGUAAACGAAAAAACACUUUGUGAUAUUGAAACAGUUUCUCCGAAGGGAAAAACUACAAGAUAGAUGGAGCGGAGCCAAUCGAACUACGAGUUAAGCUAGGAUUAAGUCAAAACAAAUAAUUUAAAUAAAUCGAGUCCCAGAGGAGACUAAGAGACAAA